UGUGUGUGACCGAUUACGAAGGCCGGUGGUUUCCACUAUUCAGCGACACGGACCUACGAUGAGAUGUCGAUAAUAACAAUAACAAGACGAGGGAACGAAACUGGUGGAUGUAUCUUAACGCCGUUAUAACAUGGUAUAUUCAUAUAAUUUCAUAGGGUUUACUAGCGAACGGCCAUCGGAAGCAACAAACUGCCAACAUUGGAACCAAUUGUCAACUAGUUAGCAAAUGAUGAAAUGACACGUUGAAAUGGUGCCGCGAAAACGACGAUUGUUCAAAUGUGACAAAGGAGCAAUAGGUAAUCAUUUCGCUUUAAGUACUUAUUUGUUCUGCGUAUACCUAUGACGAACCUACGACAGCCGCCGUUCACUCCACUCUCUUUGACGAUCUUUAUCGCUCGCUUGUUUUAGUGAUGACGGCGUUUCUUUUCUUGGCAAGUUGGCGAGCAGUCGCUCAAGCGACAUAGAGAUACAUAUGUCCACGUAAAGAGAAAUAGCGAAUCAUUCAAAGAAAAUACAUACCGUAUCGUGACCUAGCGAUACCACAAGAGAGGAUGGAUACCUAAAUACAAUCGACGCUCGAAUCAUGAGCACAGUAUGGUUUCAGUUUCUUUGCACAAAUUAUGGUACGGUUUUGUUGUAGAACCGUGGCUCAACGUCGCUAGUGUCUAAUGCUCAAUGCUCCGAAGCAAAAACUACACAACUCAGUUUAGGCAGUGUAAUAGCCCAGUUUGCUGAAUCAACUGGAACCGGCGUUGUCGACGUUUGACAGCGCUUUAAUAAACCGGGAAGCGUCUUUUUGACGGUUUCGAUGCUCCAGUGUUGAAGGCAAGGACUAACCCUAUCAGCUACCGACAUUUUGUCACGGUCAGCUUUUACGGCUUUUUUAAACUAGCAGGAUGAUUUAAUAAUGAUUGACUUGAAAGGGUUCUACAGAGGCUACGCGAAAAGUGCAUCCUUCUCAUAAGAGUAGACUACUCAAGAAAUGCGGAAGAAAUCCCUCAUCGACGAAGUAUCAUCGAGACGAUGGAGAUUCCCAGGAGAAGGGUAGGCUUGGUUAAGGACGACCGCGAGGCGAAAUACAUCGAUAAGUAUGUCGGGUGUUUGCAAGGCGUCCUUGUUGGGGAUUGUCUCGGUGCUCCAUUCGACUCGAACUUCGAUGAUUCACACGGGGCAGAUGAUUCAUUCGAUUAUGACGUAACGACGUACCUCAACAACAUCCGAACAAACAGCGUUUUGCCCGGUCCAUCGGCCGGAAGAAAUCACAGAGCCACUAAAGGCGGCUCCGGACGUGGCUACUACUGUUACACGGACGUAACCGCCACUACCCUCUGUCUCGCUAAAAGUCUCAUCCGAAAACGACGCUUCGAGCCUGCCGACAUCGCUACAAGAUUGACGAAUGAGUACUUCGAAAAUGAGUCACUUGACUCUGAGUAUGGUGACGCCGUACGAGAUGUCUUUCGAAAAUGGAAACACGAUGGAGUUCAUGGAGACGAACGAUUAUAUGGACCAGCUAGGCAACAGUUUGGCGGAAUGGGCAGUUUUGGGAGCGGAGCUGCCAUGCGAACCGCUCCAGUGGCCAUAUUCCUUAAAGACGACCUCGAUGCUAUGAUUGAGACGACAAUCCUUCAGGCGAAAAUGACUCACGCGCAUCCUACCGGUAUUUGUGCUGCCGUCCUGCACGCGCUAGCUUUGAGAGAUGCGCUACUUGCAGAAAAUUCAAACGGGGCCUUUUUUGAUGGAGUGGUCCUAUUUGAUCAAUUGAUAGAACGGAUGGAAGAGAUCGAAGAGGAACUCGACGGUUUCCGUCCUCUAACAUACAAGCUGCACGCAGCUAGAAAGCUGCUGCUCGAUGCGGCUUUUCCAGAGCAUCCACCGGUUGAAUCAGCUGAUCUGGUGCGUCUUCUAGGAAAUGAUAUGACUGCCCAGGGGUCUGUAGUGACUGCUCUCGCGUGUUACAUCUUCGGCUGCCAGGAGAAUGCCAAUUUCAAACUUAUCAACAAGUCGGACAACGCAUUCAUGCGGACGCUGGAAGCAGCACUUCGUUGUGGAGGGGACGCUGAUACGAUAGCUUCAAUGGCCUGCUCUUUAGUUGGAGCUCGCAAAGGCGCCAGGAUUAUUCCAGCCAUUGUCCUUCGUCAAUGCCAGGCUGUAGAGACUGUGACUAAGGAUAGAGCAGAACCGGGUACGAACAUCACCGUAUCAACAUGCGGGUUACGCAUGGUUCUCGUUCGGAGAAGCGCAGUGAAUCUCAUAAACGCAGUUCUCUGCUUACUCAGCGCUAACUCCAUAAUCCAACGCAAUGAAAAUUGCUGAAAUUUUCGCUACGGAUUCCACGUUCGCCUGCGAUUUAUGAUGCCUCUGAAAAAUUCUACUGGACAUCUGUUGUAAAUAAACUGUGCAAAUUUAAACCCACUUUUUGCAACCUUCAUUGUUGCCUCUGUAGUACAUCUGAAUAUAAUGGUAAAGGUGAAAUUUCUUUGUUGAUAAACUAGCUUAUGCGUCAUAUCACCCUAUAGGCACACAAAGGGUCCUUUAAAUUCCUACCUUCUCUAAACCGCGGGGUUUUCUUCCGUUACUGACCCAUACACUGCGAUAAUAUUUAUGAAGUCAGCUUAAAUCCUAAUAAGAACAGUCACUAUCAACUCUACGCUAAAGUUAUCUGAAUUGAAAGGGAUUUUCACUUUUAGCUAGUUUUAAUUUCAAGUUACUCUCGAGUAACUCACACACAGUCAAAAUUGAUUUCUAAGUAAGCUCAAGAUGAAGUCAUAUCGAUUAGAUUCCACGUUUAGAGCUUCUGACAAAAAUAUAUAAACAUCCAAUAAAGAAAAUAACAGGAAAUCGAAACUCGACAACGCAGUUCUUCUUAAGAAUAAAAAAAAAAAAAACUAUUAGAAUCUUUUAUAUAUCCUUAAUACUACCUUUAUUUAUAAAGGUAGUAUUUACACACUAUUUAAUAGCGGAGAAAUCUGCGUUUUUACAGGUUAGACGACAAAUUUAUAUCACCAUUUCGAGCACAUAGCACCAAAGCUUGAACGUUAUUUAAGUUUUUCAAACACCUUAAAUGAUAUCACAGGUGACCUCGUUUAUAUUUUUGAUGACAGUGUAAAUAUGUCCAGUGACCACGUUACGUAUUUUAAUUAACGUUACGAAUAGAAAAUGUAAAAAGUUCAUGGAAAAUGAUCGCUUAGUUAGUAGAAGUUGACAGAACUAUAAUACUUUUAUGUAACUGCAUUAUUCUGCUAACUUUACUGUCAAGCGAGGGUAUCUGUCGUCGUCUACUAGAGAUUACAUAGUUAAUAUCACCUGCUUGACUAUUCAUAAUACUAAAAUAGUAGUUUGUUUCAUGAUUCUGCAAGCGAAGUAUACAGAUCUUGUAAAUGACGAAGCUUAAUCUAACCUGGGGCCUACUGGUAUUCCUGUUUUACGCCGUUUUCGGCUUUGAAGCAAAAGCCAAUCAUGAAAAGCUGAUUGUUCGUAAGUACCACGGACUCGCUAGAAGUUUACCGCUGUAGACUUUGAAUCAAUGACAGGUUCCGAUAUACACAAGACGAAACAAAACGUUAACAACUUAGUGGAAGUUAAAAUUCCAUGCCAAUGAUACGGGCUCCUAGAAACAUAGUUACGCCACCUGGAAGUGAUUCAGAUUGCGUUGGGUAGUGUCUUGAACAAACUGAUGUUAGAAAACCCCUACGUCCUGAAAGAUAUGUAGAUGUUGUGAACGAAUAUUAGUGUUUACAGACAACUCUGUUUAGAACUAGGUUUCCUGAUGGACUGACGACGGUGUUGAGUUUUUAUCCAGGCCGGAUUCGAAAUGGUGGUACUCCUCGACUCUCUUCGGUGCUUCCUAGCUCCUUGAGGCUGAAGAGCCUGGCGCACUAUAGCCGGUACGAAUGCCGACAUCAAAGAAGCGCAAAAAGACACAGACGUUUGUUUGUCCUGACUGUUAAACUGUGCUGUUCAAUUCGAGGCCUAUCUGCUGAAAUUAGUCCUAGUACAUAAAACUAUUAUAUACUAUUUCGGGUCAUUUAAAACGACCUAGAAUCCAAGCUGCACCGACUCACAGCCAAAAUGCUGUAUCUAGAAUUUGUAAUUUUAAGGACCUUAUAAACUCGGCCUUGCCCAUUUAGUCAUACCCUAAUGGCGACAUACCUCAACAGCCAUGAACACAUUGUGGGAACCCAAAUCAUUACCUGCAAUGGAAAAACGAAAGGGUUGUCCUGAAGAAUGUAUUGCAUAUGUAUAGAGUUUGGAAGUAAUUCUGUGUUUCCAGUCCGAACGAUCGCUGCUUACAUGUUACUCCCUCAAAAAGACGAAGUUUCCGUUUAAAAUCUGUCGAAUUUUCGAAUAUGAGCUAAAUCCGUCGUCGUUGUACUAUGCCUAUUAAGCCGUAGAGACGCCUUUAUUAGAAUAAUACAAGGUCAUAGGCCCGGUAAAAAUGAUAUUAACGACGAGUCAUUUA